AUGGGUUUCUUCUACAGCCAACUCUUCGCCCGCCUCCCUUACCCAACCGGCUCCUACGCUGGCAAAACCAUCGUCAUCACCGGCAGUAAUGUCGGCCUUGGCAAGGAAGCGGCGCGCCACUACGUCCGCCUCGGCGCCAGGAAAAUGAUUCUCGCCGUACGCAGCCUCGACAAGGGUACCGCAGCCAAAGACGACAUCGAGUCCACCACCAACUGCGCUCAGGACGUCGUCGAAGUCUGGCAGCUCGACAUGUCCAGCUACGCCAGCGUGCAGAAGUUCGCAACGCGCCUCUCUUCCGAGCUCGGUCGCGUCGACAUCUUUCAUGCCAACGCCGGCGUCGUGCAUGUCGAGUACAAGCUGAUGGAAGACGACGAGGGCCAGAUCACCGUCAAUGUCGUCUCAACUUUCCUCCUGGCCGCGCUCGUGCUGCCCAAGAUGAAGGAGACGGCAGCAAGGUACAACACACGUCCGACGCUGACCAUCACCACCUCGGAAACGCACGCCUGGACGCCGUUCAACGAGCGCCACGCCCCCGAUGGCGGGAUCUACGACGCCCUCAACGAGCAGGGCAAGAAAGACCCGAACAGCCUGUACUGGCCGUCGAAACUGCUCGAGGUCUUUGGCGUGCGGAGCAUCGCGGAGCGGAACCCGGCGACUGGGUGUCUGGUCACUGUCAAUAUGUUCAACCCGGGCUACUGCCGCUCCGAGCUGGUGCGCGAGCUAGACACGUGGUUUGUGUGGUUUUUGAACACUUUCAUGGCGCGUAGCGCGGAGUAUGGAAGCAGGACGUUAGUCCACGCCGGGUCUGCGGGGGGUGAGUCCCACGGAAAGUACCUGUCUGACUGCCAGGUCGAUGAACCGAGUGCGUUUGUGAGAAGCGCGGAGGGGAAGGUGACGCAGGAUCGGGUUUGGGUGGAGCUGAUGGGGAAGCUGGAGGCUAUCAAGCCUGGCGUUACGCGAAACUUCUGA